UUCACAAACAUUCAGCCUCAGCGCUUCCGGUCUCUGUCUCUGCGUCUUUACGCCUCCAGACCUGCAGGCGGCGCUGUGACGAAGCAACGAGCCUCCCGGCAUGUAGCAUGUUGGAGGGACCUUCAACCAGUUUAUCAACUUAGUAGAAAUGUCAUCCUUUGCUUAUUUACCCAGUUAACCGGCUCGGAGCAGACAGUCCGCAUCAGUCCGCAGGUCUACGAUGGAGCCCAUAAUGAAUCGGAUUUGGCCGAGAGUCUUCCAGCGCCUCCACAGAACCUCGGCACUCCCUAGGAGGAGCCAUUCAGGGUGUGCUGAGCAUGCCACUGUUCCUGCCGACACACACUCCAGACGUAUCAAGCCCACACUCCUGGUGUCCCGCCUCUACCAGCCUUCAAACCUGCGUGAUGUGGGACCAGAGACCCGUCUGCAGGGAGAGGUGACCUGUAAGAGCCAAAGGCUCAUGCAGCAGGCCGGGCUCAUCCAUCCAUCCAAUCCAGGUUGUUAUUACUACCUCCCUGCCACCGUCCGCUCCAUGGAGAAGCUGACAAGAAUCAUUGACCAGGAGAUGCAGGGGAUCGGUGGGCAGAAGCUGGACAUGCCCAGUUUGUGCUCAGCUGAACUCUGGAAAACCAGUGAGCGCUGGGACUUGAUGGGAAAGGAGCUGCUCCGUCUGAAAGACCGUCAUGGAGGCGACUACUGCUUAGCCCCAACACACGAGGAGGCAGUGACAACUCUGGUCGCUCACCAGAUGAAUGUCUCCUACAAACAGCUCCCUUUGCUUCUUUAUCAGAUCACUCGCAAAUUCAGAGACGAACCAAAGCCAAAGUUUGGUCUGCUUCGAGGGAGGGAAUUCUACAUGAAGGACAUGUACUCAUUUGACGUGAGUGAAGAAGCAGCCUAUCAGACUUAUGAAUCAGUGUGUGAGGCGUACACCAGGCUCUUCUCCCGACUCGGUCUGCGUUGUGUUCAGGUCCAGGCGGACACGGGGAACAUUGGUGGCAAACUCUCCCACGAGUUCCAGCUGCCAGCAGACAUUGGUGAGGACAGACUUCUGCUCUGUGGGAACUGCUCGUUCUCUGCUAAUGUAGAGACCAUGUCAUCAGACAGAACUGACUGCCCACAGUGCAAAACUGGCACACUGGUAGAGUCAAAGGGUAUAGAGGUCGGCCACACCUUUUACCUGGGUAAAAAGUACUCUAAUGUAUUCAAUGCCGCCUUCAUCAAUGCCCAGAACAAGCCAAGUGUUGCAGAGAUGGGCUGCUAUGGUCUUGGGGUAACCCGGAUUCUUGCUGCAGCCAUUGAGGUGAUGUCGACAGAGGAGGGUAUCCGCUGGCCAGGCCUUCUCGCCCCUUACCAGGUGUGUAUUUUACCCCCAAAGAAAGGCAGUAAGGUGGACGAGGCAGCAGUCUUGGCUGAGGAACUGGUUCAUACUUUGGGAGAGACUUUCUCUGGUUUGAGGGGUGAAGUUGUUCUCGAUGACCGUACACAGGCGACCAUUGGAAAGAGGCUAAAGGAUGCCAACAGACUGGGCUAUCCAUAUGUUAUUGUGGUGGGACAGGGUGCUCUAGAGGAAACACCCAGGUUUGAGGUGAUCUGUCAGCAGACAGGUGAGACAAUGUUUCUCAGCAGAGACGGACUGUUUGAUCUUCUGGGAAGAGUGGAAACUGUAUGAACAACAACACUGACUGUGGAAGUAAAUGUUUUGUAUUAUGUUUGUGAGGACUUGUAACAAGUAAAAAGUGUAAAUGAGGAGGUAGGAAACGAAGAUUAAAGCACUGUGUGUGUUAAGUUUUGUCUUAAGCCUUUAAGAGAACUUUCUUAUUGUUUUCCAAAGUAACCCUAUGCCUUCAAUUUAUUGCAUUUCGUUUCCAUAAUGUAAUAAUGUCACAAUUUUGCAAAUGCGUUCAAAUAAAAACACAAACUCCCACAUGAACAGAAA